AGCUAAUAUUACCAGCUAGCUAACGGCUGUGUGGUUGUGUCUCAGUGGUUCGGGACGUCUCCAAGUGGAGCGCCAGGAUGCGUCGGCCAAUGGAGGAGAUGUAUGGAGAGCAAGGUUUUGCUGAAUUAUGGGCGAACUGGGUGGACGGCAUUUCUCAGUUUGUUCACAGACCAGAAGGAAGUAUCUGCAUGGAGCUGCUGCCGCUGAUCAGCUGCCCCACCCUGAUCGUCCACGGAGAGAAGGACCCCAUGGUGCCCGGCUUCCACCCUCAGUACCUCCACAAACACAUUAAAGGCUCACGGUUGCAGUUAAUGCCGGAGGGAAAACACAACCUCCACCUGAGGUACGCUGAGCAGUUCAACAAACUAGUUGAAGACUUUCUGGAAGAAUGAACGAACACAAACUCCUGGAUGUGUGUCGGAAUUUUCUGUUUUGAUGUUGCAUUAAAU